ACCAAACUUGUGCGUGCCUGCGUCCCCUCCCCUGCGCUGCACACCCACGGCCCACGCCACGGCGCGGCAGAGGAGCAGGGAUCACCGAUCGAGCGAGGAUGGGCAACUGCCAGGCGGCGGAGGCGGCGGCGGCGGUGGUGCAGCACCCGGGCGGCCGCGUCCAGCGCCUGUACUGGGCCACCAGCGCCGCCGAGGUCAUGCGCGCCAACCCGGGCCACUACGUGGCGCUCGUGACGCACCGCGCGGGCGCCGGCGACGAGGGGAAGCGGUCCCAGCAGCGGCAGCGGGAGCAGGAGCAGCAGAGGCACGGCGGCGCGCGCGUGACGCGCGUGAAGCUGCUCAAGCCCCGGGACACGCUGGUGCUCGGCCAGGCGUACCGCCUCAUCACCGUCGCCGAGGUCGCCAAGGCGCUGCAGGCCAAGAAGGAGGAGAAGACCCGGAAGGCGCAGCAGCAGCAGCUGCUGCUGCUGCAGGUAGCUGAGCCGAAGCACGGGGGCGGGAGCACGGGCUCCGGCGACGAGUCGCAGCCGCAGGAGCAGGUGGCGGAUGGCUGCCUUGAUCAGGAGAAGGACGGGCAACGGAGGAGCAGCAGCAGCUCAGGCGCGGCGGCGCAUCGCCACUGGCGCCCUUCGCUCCACAGCAUCGCCGAAGCCAGCAGCUAGCUGAUGUGUGCGCGCGCGUCGGCCUCGGUCAGGCAGAGGAAGGGACGAAUCGGAACAAUGGGAAGCCCACGCAUGUAAUAUACUAACAACAAGUCACAGGGACGAUCUGGCUCAGGUCAUUUUGGCUGGCGAGAGGAAAAAGAUGGAUCGGACUGGAAGCGCCGCGGGGAAAAACAAGCGGUGCGGUGCGGUGCGCUGCACUGUUUAUACUCAGGCACGAGCACGAUGCGUUGCAGCAGGGGGGUGUAUGUCAGUAAUGUAUCCCUUUGCAGGUAGUAUAGCUUUUGAGGGUCUCUUGUU